AUGGAGAGGAGGCCGCGCAGCUCCUCCAGAGAGGCGCACGGGCGAGGCGGCGGGUCCCCCCACAGGCAGAACAAGAAGGCCAAGGCCAAGGCCGGCGGGGGCCGCGGGCGCCGGGAGGCUGCGCCGGAGCGGCGGGGCUCUGGGCGGGCAGGGGGCCCCGAGGAGCCCCGCGCGCCCGCCGCCACCGUGGUGGACGUGGACGAGGUCCGGGGCUCCGGCGAGGAGGGCACCGAGGUGGUGGCGCUGCUGGAGAGCGAGCGGCCAGAGGAAGGUACCAAGUCCUCUGGUUUAGGGGCCUGUGAGUGGCUCCUUGUCCUCAGCUCGCUGCUCCUCAUCGUCGUGACCUUCCCCUUCUCCAUCUGGUUCUGCAUAAAGGUUGUACAAGAGUACGAGAGAGUAAUUAUAUUCCGACUGGGACAUCUGCUUCCCGGAAGACCCAAAGGUCCGGGUCUUUUCUUCUUUUUGCCUUGCCUGGAUACCUACCACAAGGUUGACCUACGCCUCCAAACCUUGGAGAUACCUUUUCAUGAGAUUGUGACCAAAGACAUGUUUAUAAUGGAGAUCGACGCCGUCUGCUACUACCGGAUGGAAAACGCCUCCCUGCUCCUCAGCAGUCUUGCUCACGUGUCCAAAGCCAUCCAGUUCCUCGUGCAGACCACCAUGAAGCGCCUCCUAGCACAUCGCUCCCUCACGGAAAUUCUUCUCGAGAGGAAGAGCAUCGCACACGAUGUAAAGGUUGCCCUGGAUUCAGUGACCUGUGUCUGGGGGAUCCAAGUGGAGCGAACAGAAAUUAAAGAUGUGAGGCUGCCGGCUGGGCUCCAGCACUCGCUGGCUGUGGAAGCUGAAGCACAAAGGCAGGCCAAAGUGCGGAUGAUCGCCGCAGAAGGGGAAAAGGCUGCCUCGGAGUCCCUGCGCAGGGCGGCUGAGAUCCUGUCGGGCACCCCGGCGGCUGUCCAGCUUCGGUACCUGCACGCCCUGCAGUCGCUGUCCACAGAGAAGCCCUCCACGGUGGUGUUACCGCUGCCCUUCGACGUGCUCAACCUCCUGUCUCCCGCGGGCAGCCGGGCGCAAGGAAGCAUCCCCCUCCCAAAUCCUCCCAAGCCCGUGGAGCCGCUGGACCCCAAAAAGAAGGACUCGCCCAUGCUGUAG